UUGGCACUGAGGGGGUCAAGGGAGCAGCAGCAAGAUGUCUCCCAAGAAAGCAAAAAAGAAAACUGAUGGAGCUGGUUCCAAUGUGUUCUCCAUGUUUGAUCAAAGCCAGAUCCAGGAAUUUAAAGAGGCCUUCACCAUUAUGGACCAGAACAGAGAUGGCUUCAUUGAUAAAGGAGACCUGAGAGACACAUUUGCUGCUCUGGGUCGUAUCAAUGUAAAGAGUGAAGAACUGGAUGACAUGGUGAAGGAAGCACCUGGGCCUAUUAAUUUUACUAUCUUCCUUACAAUGUUUGGUGAAAAACUUAAAGGAACAGACCCAGAAGAAACUAUCUUAAAUGCUUUCAAGAUUUUUGAUCCUGAUAGUAAAGGUCAUAUAAAAGCAGAUUAUAUCAGAGAAAUGCUCACAACUCAAGCGGAUAGAUUUAGCCAGGAAGAGAUCAGCCAGAUGUUUAAAUCAUUCCGUCCAGAUGUUGCUGGUAACCUGGAUUACAAGAAUCUAUGUUAUGUUAUCACCCAUGGUGAAGAGAAAGACCAGGAGUAAUAAGGAGAUCUAGAACAACACGUCAUCAUGGAGACCAGAUUUAUUCCGAUGAUCAAAGUGCCUCAUCAGUUGUCUAAUUAAUAAAAAGAAAUAUUUACUUCCA